AUGUCUCCAACAGCCAGGACGCCGUCUCGUUACUCCACCCGCGGCAUGUUCAGCACCUUCAGGCUGGAUUGCAAGGCUGCUGCGCUCGAGUUCGUCGGGACAACAUUCUUUCUACUCCUAGGGCUCGGCGGUAUUCAGGCAGCCAACGGCGAGGCCGCGUCCAGUGGUACAACUAUCGAACAUGUGAUGUACAUCGCGACGUCCAUGGGGCUCAGCCUUCUGGUCUCUGCUUGGUUGUUCUACAGGAUCACCGGUGGCCUCUUCAACCCCAAUAUCACACUCGCACUGUGUCUCGUGGGGGUGGUGAACCCCGUUAGAUUUGUGUUGUUCUCUAUUGCACAGCUGGUUGGAGCUAUUGCUGCGUCGGCCCUGUUGCUCGCGUUGACCCCUGGACCGUUGGCUGUCAACACGUUCCUACAACAGGGAAUCAAUUCAGCUCAAGGCGUUUUCAUCGAAAUGUUCAUCACCGCAGCGCUGGUGUUAGCCGUUCUGAUGCUUGCCGCUGAGAAAUCCCAGGUUACUCCGUUUGCACCAAUUGGCAUUGGGCUAACACUGUUCGUUGGGCAUCUAUGGGCCGUCUUUUACACGGGUGCAUCCAUGAAUACAGCACGUGCAUUCGGACCUGCUGUCGUCACUGGCUUUCCUUACUCUAGUCACUGGGUUUACUGGGUCGGUCCGUUCCUCGGCUCUCUGCUAGGAGCGGCCUUCUACACAAUGUUGAAAUGGAUGCAAUAUCAAGAUUUGAAUCCUGCGCAAACAUCCACUCAUGAGAAGGACUCACCAGAUCCGCUUGCCGUGGCGUUGGGUGAUAAGGAGAACCCUUCUCCUGACAGCGAUGGAGGAAGCGAGGGUGCAGGGACAAGCAAAGUGUAG